AUGGCUGCUCCUUUACUCAUCACAGCUACACAAUGUUUUGCUCACAAAACAAAGCAAGAAGAGGAAUUACAAGUCGAGCAGAUCUACAAAAGAUAUAGAGAGCUCAUAAUCCCAAACCUUCCUCGGCAAAAGGGAUGGAUGAGGGAGCACUCGUGCCUGUAUCAAGGCUGUUGGAUCGACUCGAAGAUCAUUGAAGGAUCUAUGUACUUACAGGAGCACUUCAAAGCUCGGCCAACCGAUGUUCUCCUUGCCACUCCCCCGAAAUGCGGCACGACUUGGCUCAAAGGCUUGAUCUUCUCGAUCAUGAACCGAGCAUCUUAUGAGCCAAGUAUGAAAGAGCACCCUCUGCUCACGAGUGGCGUGCAUGAGUGCGUGCCUUUCUUGGAGGUGAACCUGUUGAGGGGGCCCCCUAUCGGGGACCUGGAGGUCCUGCCCUCGCCCCGCCUGCUGUGCACUCACGUUCCCUACUCCAUGUUGCCGGAGACGGCCAGAGGCCACGAUGGCUGUCGCAUCGUGCACAUGUGGAGAAACCCUAAGGAUGCACUCGUUUCCUUCUGGCACUUUGCGGGCGUUACAUACUAA